GUGAACAUUGCACCUUUGUUGCAGAUAAAAAAAAUCAUUUGUCACGUUAAUUAGAUUUAAGUACUUUUUAUUUAAACAAAUGAAGAAAAUAUUAAAAGAAUGGUUUUUAAACGCUCCAUGGGGAAAAGUAGCUUUAAUAUCAUGGGGUAAUCCAAAAGGUGAGCCAGUGUUAUUGAUACAUGGGAGACAGGACAGUGCGGCAACAUUUAUCCCUCUUCUAGAAUUACUUCCUGAUAAAUAUUAUUAUGUCGGAGUGGAUAUGCCCGGGAAUGGUCUAUCAGAUCCAUUACCUAAAGGUGUGAUGCUGACAAGAAUAUUUCCUGUAUCUGUGGUACAAUUAGUUGUGGAACAUUUGAAAUGGGAUAAAUUUACAUAUAUCGGACAUUCUAUGGGAACUGAAAUAGGUUUGUUUUACAACUCUGUCUUUCCCGGUAGAGUUAAAAGAUGUAUUUAUUUAGACGGAGGUCCGGCUUUAUGUAGAAUAUUAAUAACUGAUUUUUCUAUAUAUUUCAAAACGCAUUAUAUAUACUAUUAUGAUAAUUAUGAAAGUAUAAAUAAUGAUGAUCGUAUAUUCAGCAAAGAAUCAGCGCUGAAAGCUGUCAUGAAAGCGAGAAAAAUGACAAAACAACAGGCGGAGUUGAUUCUGUCGAGAAAUUUAAAGAAAAUAGGUGAAGAUAAAUACAAGCUUUCUUGGGACAAAAGAGAGAAGAUUUUGGCACCUCCUUUCGGUUCUAUAGAUUACUAUUAUGGUCUUUUCUCGCAAAAUUGUCCUCCGACCCUUUUUAUUUCUGCAAACCAGUCUGAUGGAGGAUACACUGAAGCUAAAGAUUUAGUGAAUCAAUUAAUAUCAGAUCUUAGCAAGAAUAUGACUUAUUUCAAAGUUGUGACAGUAGAUGGCGGUCAUGACGUACAUUUUACAAAUCCUGAGAGGUUAUCACAACAUAUUUUAGAAUUUUUGGAUGAAACGGAAAGAGUUAAAGCAAAACUUUGAUGUUUUGAAAUUUAACUAUAAGGUGUAGGUAUUUUAUUGCAAUGUUAUUGUUGGGUUACUGUAUUUU